AUGCCUUAUUCGUGGCGCAUACCAACAAUGAGUAUAAACCUAGUAUCGAGAGCCAGGCAAACUAUCGUCUGGCAUUUCCCCCGAACGAGACUGAGUGAAGCUUUCGGGAGAACGGAUAGGAACUUUAAGAAUAUCGUUUUUCGCUUGGGGCACGUGAACGGGCCGAUCGGAUAUACGGAGUACAAGUUAAAAUCAGUGAAGCAUGGCCGAUUUAUCGGAUUGCUUGAGAUCAGCUUGUUUAUAAAUUGGGUCACGCACGAAUGA